AAUUCGGCUAGAGAUAUCGAAAUCUUUCUCUAAAAGAAAAUGUUAGAAUACGCAAGAAAUGGGUUUAUUAUAUCAAAGGGCUCAUAAGCAAUUGGGCAGAGGAUCCGUCUGAGGGCCCAACGCACCCGACAUGACCGCUUCGGGAGCGUCCUAAAACCCUAAACCCUUUCUCCAUUGCUCCCAUUCCCUCUCCGAUCACCUCAUGAUCGUAAUCUUCUUAUUCCAGUCCUUUCGAAUCCUGAUUUCCUCUCCGUGGGCUUCUUCUCUCCGGCUGUAAGGCAUAAUAUUAACUGAUUCCGUGUUUUGUUUUUUCCCCCCCAAGACAGAUCAGUGCCCGUGAACUUGUCGGCGAAGAGAAAUGUUCCCUCUUUCCAAGGUGUUGCGGAGAAGCCAAAGGCUCCCUUUAUGUGCUUCUAACGCCGUGUGUGCUAAACUAGAGACGUCGCUGAGAAGGAGCGCUGUUCUUGAAUCACCUUCUGUAGUAUCUGAUAAAUCCCAAGAUUUUGAGAGAUUUUACCAUGUCUCUUCGGAUUUCUCUGCAAGUAGACGUGCAUUUUCCUCGAAAACUGGUGCUACAAGUGUUGGGGAAGAAGAUGACCUUGAAGACGGGUUUUCAGAGCUCGAGAGUGCAAAGUCUCCCCAAGAGACUAGCAGUGAAAGUGACGUUGAAGAUGACUUAACUUCUGAGGAGCUCUCAGGGAAUGAAGAUGACGUCAAAGGAACCGAUGAUGGUACAGGAAGAGCGACAGGGAAGAGAUCCGAGCUGUUCUGGGCCAUUAUCUCUGCACCAGGUCUAUCUGUAGGGAGUGCCCUUGAUAAAUGGUUGGAAGAAGGGAAAGUGAUAAACCAAGCCGAGAUCGCAAUUGUGAUGACCGAACUGCGUAGACGCCGGAUGUAUGGGAGAGCAUUGCAGAUGUUAGAGUGGUUGGAAGCGAAUAAGCAAAUCGAACUUGAAGAGAGAGACUAUGUUUCUCGGCUUGAUUUGAUAGCCAAGAUAUAUGGCCUGCACAAGGCGGAAGCUUAUCUCGAGAAGGUCCCAAAGUCUUUCCGAGGGGAAGUGAUAUACCGGACCCUUCUGGCAAAUUGCGCGGCCUCAUGCAAUGUGAAGAAAGCGCAGGAGGUUUUCAACAAAAUGAAGGACUUAGGGUUCCCUCUGACUGCAUUUGCGUGUGAUCAGUUGCUUCUUCUGUACAAGAGAGUUGACAAGAAGAAACUCGCUGAUGUGCUAUUACUAAUGGAGAAAGAAAACGUCAAGCCUAGUCGCCUCACGUACAAGAUUCUGAUUGAGGCCAAGGGGUCAUCAAAUGACAUAACCGGGAUGGAGCAAAUUGUGGAGGCAAUGAAGGCUGAAGGUGUUGAACCAGACCUUCACACACAGUCCACCAUAGCUAAGCAAUAUGCAACUGCAGGGCUUGUAGAGAAGGCCGAGAAAGUCCUGAAAGAGAUGGAAGGUGAAAGUUUGAAGUCGAAGCGCUGGGCAUGCAAGGCUAUGCUCCCUGUCUAUGCAUCUAUCGGGAGAGCGGAUGAUGUGGAAAGAAUCUGGAAGAUCUACGAUGAAAACCCUCGAAUGGAAGACUGCAUAGCUGCAGUUGAGGCUUUUGGAAAGCUCAAGAAAAUCAAAGAAGCCGAGGAGAUUUUCGAGAAGGCACUGAAACUGAGAUACAAAGUUCCUUCGAGGGUCUUCUGGGCUCUCCUGAGUGUAUACGUGGAUCACAAGAUGCUCUCAAAGGGUAAGGAUCUCGUCAAACGAAUGGCGGACACCGGUUGCACCGUCGGAGGUUUGACAUGGGAUGCACUUGUCCGGCUCUACGUGGAAGCAGGGGAAGUGGAGAAGGCCGACUCUUUAUUGAACAAGGCGGCGAAGCAGAGACAGAUGAAACCUAUGAUGAGUUCCUUCAUGUACAUCAUGGACGAGUACUCGAAAAGGGGCGAUAUCCACAACGCAGAGAAGAUCUUCCUAAGGAUGAGGCAGUCCGGGUAUGUAUCGAAGUUCAGGCAGUUCCAAUCCCUCCUACAGGCUUAUGUAAAUGCCAAGAACCCGGCUUACGGAAUGAGAGAGAGAAUGAUGGCAGACAACAUCUACCCGAACAGAACUAUGGCUGCACUGUUGGCUCAGGCCGAUCCGUUCAACAAGAGGGCUGUCUCAGAUCUUCUUGAUUGAGUUCUUCUGCUUUAUAUAUUUAUCCUUCUAAAACAUUCUUCUUACUCUCGCUGAACGCCUCUGUACUGAAGAUGUAGGCCUAAACACGGUUUGUUUAGUUACCGGUUGUCUGAAAUUACCACUUGGGUGGUUUUGGUUU